CCGCUGUGAGAGCCGCCGGUGCUCGCAGUCGGUGUGGCGGCGGCACAGGAUGGUGAAGGCCGGGCGGCUCCGCGCCGGAGUCAACAGGAAACUAAAGCGCUGGAGGAAGGGACACAGCAGCGACUCGAACCCCGAGACGAGUCGCUUCCGAGAGGCCGCGCGGAGCCGCUUCUUCAGCAAAGCUCCAGGACACAGUGAUCUCACAGUGAGUGCCCUGAAGCUACACAAUGAGCUGCAGCCGUGCCCUGGAGAGGAGGGAGCGCUGACAGAGCAGACAGGCGGCACCUUCCUCAGCGGCCUCUCCGACUGUAGCAACCUGACGUUCAGUCGAGUGCAGCGUCUCUGGGAGUCCAACUCAGCCGCACAUAAAGAGGUCUGUGCUGUCUUGGCUGCGGUUACUGAUGUGAUUCGAGCAGAAGGAGGGAAUGAAACCGAGACUGAAUACUUUGCUGCUUUGAUGACUACAAUGGGAGCAGUUGAGACAGAGGAAUCAAUUGCAGCUGUUGCUUAUCUGCUGAAUUUGGUGAUGAAGCGGGUUCCUGCUCCAGUGCUGAUCAGGAAGUUCUCGGAAACGGCGCAGGUGUUUAUUAAUGUCCUGGGAAGUGAGAUGGGCUCUGGAUCCACAGCAGCUGUGCGAUGGGUGCUGUCAUGUCUGGCCUCACUACUGCGGAGACAGGAUCUGACCGUGUGGAGCUACCCGUCCACGUUGCAGGUUUACCAUGGAGUCCUGAGCUUCACCAUCCAUGGCAAGCCCAAGGUGAGGAAGGAGGCCCACAGAACGAUCUGCUCCAUCCUGAGAGGCUCCGACUUCAUGUUCAGUGACAUGGCCCCUCCCCAUCAUCCAGCCGCACAGUCAACAGCCAGAUUCUGCAUCCAGCAAAUUGAGGAAUCUGGAGGCAGUAAGGAAGCCACGAGCACUCUGCACGUGCUGUCACUGCUCCGCGAGGUGCUGCCAUGUUUCCCCAUCUCCUGUGUCAAGUCAUGCUGCGAGACGCUGCUCAGAGUAAUGACCAUGAGCCACAUGAUGAUCACAGCAUGCGCUAUGCAGGUAUUCCAUGGACUGUUCAGCGCCAAAUCCAACUCCUCGCUUCUGACAGCGGAACUUAAUGCUCAGAUUAUUACAGCUCUGUACGAUUAUUUGCCGAAUGAGAAGGACCUGCAGCCGAUGUUGGCCUGGCUGGCGGUGUUGGAGAAAGCUCACAUUAAUCUGUUCAGGUUACAGAGCUCCCUUUGCUUGGCACAUCUCCCUCGUCUCUUCUCCACAGCCAUGAAUUGUCUCUUGUCACCUCACAGCCAGGUCCUCUCCGCCGCCGCUCAGGCCAUGAAGGUGUUGCUGAGAGAAUGUGUGGCCCCGGCUGCAGCAGACAUUGAAUCCAUCGCUCCCACCUCCUCCAUCUGCAGGAUGUUCAGGGUGGUAGAGGAGGGGCUGACGUAUCGGUUUCACGGUUCCUGGGCCUUCGUUCUGCAGCUUCUUGGCACCUUCAUCCAGGCGGUCGGGAAACCGGCAUUUCCCAUCGUGAAGCAGUGUCUACAGUCACUUUGUGAUCUGCGAUCGACAGCCCACUUUGCUUACACGGGGGAGCUGGACCGCACGGUGGGUGCUGCUGUGGAGAGCAUGGGACCAGAGGCUGUGCUGCAGGCAAUACCGCUACAGAUUGAUGGCACAGAACGGAAUUUUGACUUUCCCCGAAGUUGGCUCAUACCUGUCAUCCGUGAUCACGUCAAACACACACAGCUCGGAUUCUUCAACAGAUAUUUCCUGCCUCUGGCUGGAAGCCUCAAGAGCAGGGCCGUGGAGCUUGCUCAGACCGGCCAGUCACUGGAAGCUAAAAUCUACGACACUCUGCAGUGGCAGGUGUGGACACUGUUGCCAGGGUUUUGCACGAAGCCCACAGACACGGCCUCAGCAUUUCAGGGCCUCGCACGGACACUCGGCUCAGCCAUCAGUGACCGGCCCGACCUGCGGCUGCCCAUCUGUCAGGGGCUUCGGGGUCUCAUCAGAAGUUGUGAGACAGACGUGGACCGAAUUGAAGUCAGUCGAUUUGCCAAGAAUUUCCUCCCAAUCCUAUUUAAUGUGUACAGUGCGGAGCCGGUGCCCGGUGACGGCAGCUCACACCGUCUGCCCAUCCUGGAGACCAUCCGGUGCUACCUUAGCAUCACUGAGCAACAGCUCGUGUGUCGGUUUACGGAGAAAGCCACUGAGAAGCUGAUGAGUUCGGAGAGUUCAGAGUUCACCAGGCUCUCAGUGAUGGACCUGGUUGUGGCAAUGGCACCGUACCUGGAUGAGCCGAGUAUGAGCACUGUCUACCAGACUCUCCGCUCAUUUCUGCAGAGCAAAGUGCCGAGUGAGCAGAAGAAGGCUUACCGUGUUCUGGAGGAGCUGUGCGGAGGGCAGCAGGAACCGUGUCGACACUUUGUCAACAAACAUCUGGAGGAUCUAAAGGAGACGUUGCUGGGGUCACUGCGGUGCGCAGCCUCUCCCGCCAAGAGGCCCAGGUUAAAGUGCCUGAUUCACAUCGUCAAACAAUUGGCUGUGGAACAUCAGGAGUUCAUCAUAGCUCUCAUACCUGAGGUUAUAAUCUGUAUGAAGGAGGUGUCGGUGGGAGCUCGGAGGAAUGGAUAUACGUUGCUGGUGGAGAUCGGACGAGCCUUUCUCCGCUUCUCUGAUAAUGAGUUUGAAGCGUUGCAGCAGUACCUGGGCCUGGUGUACGCAGGUCUGACUGGCUCCGUGACCAUGAUUAGCUGCACUGUACUGGCUCUGACUCGUCUGCUGUUCGAAUUCAAAGGACAGAUGGACACGGCCACUGUGGAGCAGCUGCUGACCAGUGUGUGUCUCCUGCUACAGAGCCGUACCCGGGACGUGGUCAAAUCCGCCUUCAGCUUCAUCAAGGUCGUCAUUUUCAUGGUAGACACGAGUGUCUUAGCCCAGCACCUGCAGCUCCUGAUGGAGAGCAUCAAGACAGUACAAAAUGACAUCAGGCGACAUUUCCGAGUCAAAAUAAAGAAUAUCUUCACCAAAUUGACACGGAAAUUUGGCUUUGAGAUGAUUGACAGUCUGGUCCCUGAGGAGUAUCACCGUGUGCUUGUCAAUAUCCGUAAAGCAGAGGCUCGAAACAAGAGGCAGCGAGCGCUCAACCGGACCCCAGGAGAGAAUAAAGAGCAGCGAGAAAACAAGACUGACAGUAUUAAUGACAUUCUGGCUGAUACGGAAUCAGACGAUGAGGAAGCAGCACAGGAACGGGAAGUGUGGGGAGCGAGGAGACAGCCUAACCGGGCCUGGCUGCAGGAGGGACAAGGAGACGAACCACUGAACUUCCUGGAUCCCAAGGUGGCACAAAGGGUGCUGGCCACUAAACCUGAACUAAACAAGAACGUAAAAAUCAAACACAAUUUCAAAUUCACUUCAGACGGGCGUCUGAUUGUCGCUGAGGACAAAGGGGAGCAGCUGAAAGGUUCUGAGGACGAAACUGAUGAUGUGUUAGAGGAAGUUGGUGUGAAAAGUCAAGCUGGACGGAAACAAUCAUUAAAAGGUGCUGAUCAGGAGGUGCAGAAGGAUUCACGCUAUAAAGCCGGAGGGUUGGGGAUUCAUCGACCAAUGGCAAAGAGGAAGCCGGGAGCAGAGUAUAAACCCUCAAGAGGGACGGGUGAUGUGAAGCUGAAGGGAAAGCCAGAUCCCUUUGCCUAUUUACCUCUGAACAAGUCGCAGCUCAACCGGCGGACAAAGGCAAAAAUGCGGGGUCGGUUCCGAGGCCUGGUUAAAGGGGCCCCAAGUCGCAGGGGGCUGAAGAAUCAGAAGUUGUAACUCCGGUCUUGAGAGCUAUUGCCUGGAUUAGUUUUUGACUGUCGUGUUUAUAUCUGGAGCUAAUCUCAGAAUCAGAAUUUUAUUUGGAUGAAAUUAAAUAAUUUCUGAACUGC